GAAAACUGAUUAGUCGCAAACUUGCAUCAAAAAGUGUUAAAAGUGAAAUUCACCCUUGAACCAAUUUCAUGAAAAUGAACCAUUUUUGCACUGAAACUAAUGACUCACACUAAAUUAAGCCGGAAUUGGUCAAGGGCCCCCCACAAUGCGCCCCAAAACUUACGUUUUGACAUUUCACAUUUCGAAACACAUUUUCACACUUAACUACAACAAUUUUCAGCGUUUUCAGUUGCGACACUUGUUUUUUCAGUUUUUCACACACUUUUGCAUUAUUUCAACACAAAAUCAACGGUUUUUUCACAUUUUAACCGUCUGGCCAUCCACCUCUGACGUCUGUCAGAUGUCAAAAAAAACUGUCAAAAUACGCAUGCCCCAAUCGCGCUGUCUCACUCUAAUAACGUAUGUCGGAUGAUUAUGUAACCAGAAAAUUAAAUUUUUUGCGAUUAUUGUCGCAAUUAGCGACUUGUAUGGUUACAAUUUGAUAAAUCUGGGGGUAUAAAUACGGUACAGUAUUUUUUUGAGGGCUCCAUUGCGUGUAAGAAAGUCGCAAUCAGGGUUGCCAACUUAAACGUGUUUGCAUAAUUUACACAAAUCCCAGGAUUUUUUUACAAUUGUUAUUGCAUAAUUUGAUUGAUUUGUGGAUAAUAAACACAGUUUUAUUUAUUCCACUGUUUUGUUAAUUCGCCGCAUUUUUUUUCUAAUUAUUUUGGAGCGAAAAAAAAAUAAAAAAUACCAAAUUUUGUAACAAAAAAAUGGGCCAGUUUUUUUCCCUCAAUUUCGCCAAAAUUCUUAUUUUCGAGUUUAAGACCCCCGGAUUCUUCCCUCCCAACAGGGAAACUUCUUUUUCUUGGUUGGCCAAAAGAAGUAGACAUAUAUUGAUUAAAAUUAAAAGGUAGUUUAUUUUUAUGUCUGAGAUGGUCUUCCCACCUAGCAAUUCUUUCAUCGAAAUUCGAUCAAAUUGAGUGUCAAACGUGUCAAAACGAUGGCUUUGGCCGAUGAUCAACAAUUUUGUCUUAGAUGGAACAAUUUUCAAGCGAAUAUUACGUCACAAUUCGAGGCUUUAAGGGACGAUGAAGACUUCACCGACGUCACAAUCGCCUGCGAGGGACAACGAAUGCAAGCCCACAAGGUGGUCCUCUCGGCCUGCAGCCCCUUUUUCAAAGAACUCUUCAAAACGAAUCCCUGUUCUCACCCGAUUAUUUUCAUGCGUGACGUUGAAGCGAGACACAUCGUGGCCCUAAUGGAGUUCAUGUACGCCGGCGAGGUCAACGUGGCUCAAGCCCACUUGUCCGCAUUCCUGAAAACCGCUGAAUCGCUGAAAAUCCGGGGAUUAACCGACACUUCGGCCGAAAAUGAGACUCAAAACACCCUUUAUCUCAACCCCCAAUCUAAAACCGCCCCCUUGAAACACAAAGUCUCCUCCUCGAGCACGGUUACUUCCAGUCAGGACGUUUCAACCCUUUCGAGCCCCCCUCCGAAGCGUCAAUGCAAGUCCGAGGGGGUGAAGAUCAAGGAGGACGCCAUCAACCCCUUCGCCCUCCAGGAGCCCAAAGUGGAGCUCCCGGAUUACCUCAGUGACGAGGGGGAUGUCACCGAGUUUCCCGGCGGCAUGGAGAUCAUCCCCCAGGUGUCGAACUUCGUCAAGGAGCCCCCGUCGCAGGAUUCCCCCCAAGCCCCUUUGAGACUGCGUCGACGACGCUCGUCCGACUGGCCGGAGGAGAAAGGAGACAGGAGAAAUAGACUGGUGAAAUUAGGUGAAGGGAUUGAAAUCUACGAGGAUCAAUUACGGAGUGUCAAGUGGAAUGACUACAGGAAGUUGACAAGGGGGCUGGCGACGAUUUUGUUCAGUCCGGCGGAGUUGGCCACGUGUUCGGUCACGGGGCAGAGGUGGAGUCGGGCGGGAAGCGGGGAAAGACCCGUGAAGCCGGCUUUAGACCGCUCCAAAGUCCAAGCCAUCAUUUCAUAUGUGGCUACGAGGUUCCCCAUGGUGGAAAUUAGCCGAAUCAAGCAGGUUUUGGCCUAUAAAUGCAAGGAAAACUCCACGGCUUUUAAAAUGAAAGCGGUGCGCUAUUACGAGGAUCAGCAUCAGAAGUGAAUAUCAGACUAGACUAGGGAAACAAUAUCAUGUGUCAAAUAUUUCCAGUGUUUAUCCUUCAAAUUGUGUAUAUUUAGUUGUUGGAGUUUUGUUUUUUAUUUAUUUAUUGGGUAAUAAAGCAUUGAAUUUGA